AUGUCUUUAAGGAGAUAUAUGUCAACCAAAUUGGGGGUUCCUCUGGCCGAUGAUUUAGAUGACGAAGAUACAAAGAAAAAUCUUCUAAUGCUAUAUCAAUGUAUGCAGCAACAUACUCAUAAUUUGCAUCAACCCGUUCCAACUCAAGUGGCAAAGAGAGAAUCAAUCAAUAGAAAUCGUUCCGAAGCGGAUGCAAGGUUGAUGCACGAUUAUUUCAUCGAUGGUUGCACUUGGGGACCAAAAAAGUUCCAUGGCUGUUUAGGUAUGUAUCGUCUCCUUUUCUUAAAAAUUAUGCACAAAAUAUGUGAGGUUGACCCAGACUUUCGAAAAAGAAAAGAUGCUGCAAGAAUUCCAGGUCAUAGCCCACACAUGAAAAUGUAUGCCGUUAUGAAGUGUCUUUGUAUAGGUAUCCCACCCGAUAGCAUUGAUGAUUAUACCCGUAUGGCUGCUUCUACUAUUUACUAUUAUAUUAAGAAGUUUUGUGAUGCAAUUAUGUUUGGGUUUAAUGCGGAAUACAUGAGACGUCCUACUAUGAAUGAUGUGAAGUGUCUUAUGAAGGAAAACGCUGUUAGAGGCUUUCCAGGAAUGCUUGGUAUCCUGGAAUGUAUGCAUUGGGGUUGUAGGGUGUGUCAACAAGAUGAGACGGGAACACACACAAGCCAAAAAAGUUAUUCCACCUGUGUUCUUGAGGCGGUUGCUUCAUACGAUAGGUGGUUUUGGCAUGGCUAUUUUGGAGUGGGUGGACCCAGCAAUGAUCUUAAUGUUUUGAAGUCCUCUAAUUUGUUUGAUGAAAAUCUCAAUGGUAUUGCACCACCUUGUCAUUUUACUAUCAAUGCGAACCAGUCGGCGCAGGGGUAUUAUUUAGUGGAUGGAAUUUAUAAGAGUUACUCUGUGUUAGUCCAAGCUUACGGUGCACCCAGUGGUAUUCCAAUUCUCGAGUUAUUUAACAAAUAUCAAAUGGAAAAGAGGAAAGAUGUGGAACGGACAUUUGGGACACUGAAAAGUAAAUUUAGGAUCCUUUACCAUAGAUGUAACUACUGGGAAAAGAAAGAUAUGAAAUCGAUCAUGAGAACCUGCUUGAUAUUGCAUAAUAUCGUUGUAGAGGAUGAACAUCGUGACUCGGAGUGGAAUUAUGUGUCAGACCCACCUCAUGCACUUAUAGUAGGUUACCUGAGGCAGAAAAGCGAGGCUUUACAAAACCCAGUUCUCCAGGAGAGACUUCGUACGGAUCUUGCAGGUCAUAUAUGGGAACGACAUGGUCAAGGUCUAAGGGAUGGUGAAAUUCCUGGAGAUGCGAUAGACAACGAGCUGGAUUCGGGAGAAGACACGGACGAGGUUGAUGUUGAUCAAGACCAUUACGACCCAGGAGGACUUUUUUUGGACUCCGAUUCAGAAUGA